AUGCUUGAGCAAAAGGUCGUGAAUUUUGAGCCGGGAGACGGCUUCAGCAUCGUCGGCGCCGAGAUCUUUGUCGACGAGCAAGACUACACUGGUGUCCACAUUGCGGCAAAUAAUCUGUCGGAAGAUUUUACCAAGGUCACCGGGCAGCGCUGCAAUCCCAUUGUCAAGACUCGCCCUUCGGCUCCGCCGGCUAGAUCAUGUAUCGUCAUCGGCUCUCUCACUAAAUCGCCCACGAUCCAGCUCCUAAAAGAGCAAGGCAAGAUUGACCCUAGUCAAAUUGAGGGCAAAUGGGAAUCUUGGAUCACAACGGUUGUACAUGAGCCCUUUGAGGGCUAUGAUGAUGCCCUUGUCAUCGCUGGGAGCGAUAAACGAGGAACCAUCUUUGGAAUCUACUCCCUCUCGGAGCAAAUUGGCGUGUCACCAUGGCAUUGGUGGGCUGAUGUGCCUCCGAAAAAGCAGCAGCAAAUCUAUGCUUUGCCUGUGACCACAAGCAAUGGCGAGCCCAGUGUCAAAUAUCGUGGAAUCUUCAUUAACGAUGAAUGUCCUGGAAUGGACAGCUGGGUACACGAAAAAUUUGGUCCCACGUUUGACGCCAACUUGUAUCAUUACAUCUUCGAGCUUCUCUUGCGCCUCAAGGCCAAUUUCAUGUGGCCCGCAAUGUGGAGAGGAUAUCCAUAUCCCGGGCGGUCUUUCUUCGUAGACGACCCCAAGAACCAGGAGCUUGCAGAUACUUAUGGUAUUGUCAUGGGAACUUCGCACCAUGAGCCGAUGCAGAGGGCCAUGAACGAGUGGUCUACGACUCAACCAGGCGGCACUUGGAAUUGGGACACAAACAAGGAAAAGGUUACGCAAUACUUUGAAGAGGGAGCCGAGAGAGCUGUACCAUAUGAGUCCUACUUCACCAUGGGGAUGAGAGGCGAAGGUGAUGUACCAAUGACUGGAGGAGAUCCUGUCAAGAUCCUCACCGAAGUGCUGAGUGUACAAAGAAACAUCAUCAAGAAGAAUUAUGGCAAGGAAGAUGGCGUCUUGCAGCUCAUGGCACUCUACAAAGAAGUGCAGGGAUACUAUGAAAAGGGACUCGUGAUCCCUGAUGACGUGACCCUCUUAUUCGGCGACGACAAUUUUGGGAACCUUCGUCGUCUUCCAACGGAGGAGGAGAAUAAGAGGUCUGGUGGCUCGGGUUUCUACUACCAUUUCCAAUACACGGGAUACCCGCGCUGCUAUAGGUGGAUUAACAGCAAUACUCUAGGCAAGGCCCUUCAUCAGCUCCAGCUGGCUCAUCACCGAGGCGCCAAUCGUAUUUGGGUCUUCAAUGUUGGAGAUUUGAAGCCUGUUGAGAUUCCCAUGAGUUUUGCGUUUGAUUUGGCUUGGGAUAUCAAUUCCAUCACGGCCACUACUCUGCCGCAAUAUUUUGAGCAUCUUGCUACUCGGGAGUUUGGCGAAAAGUAUGCAAGUCGGAUUGCAAAAUCCUGGUAUGACUUCAACAAGCUUGUGGCGAUUCGCAAGCAGGACCACAUUGAUGCAUCUACCUUUGUCAUUCAGAAAUACCACGAAUCUGACAACAUCAUUGCGCGAUGGCGAGAACUCAUGGGAGAGACUCAAGCCAUCUACUCAUACAUCGACGAGGAACACAAAUCUGCCUUCUUCCAGCUCGUGCUUCAUCCCGUCAAAGCUACAUACAUUUUCACUCAAGUACGCGUGGCCCAAUACACGAAUCAGCUUUUUGCCAAGCAGCGCCGAAAUACGACCAAUGCCCUGCUGAAAAAGUGCAUCAGUCUCAUGGAUGCCGAUCAUGAUUUGUUUGAAGAGUAUAAUUCUAUUUCAGAUGGUAAAUGGAACCUCAUGCUUCGCCAACCUCAUUAUGGCUACGGCGAUACUGGCGCAGAACCAUCACGCAACAUGAUUGAUGGACUUUGUUAUGUGCAGACAAGAGAAGAUUCGAACCCGAGCGUUGGUCAUAUGGGAAUAGCAGUGGAAGGCAUCGAAGGCAUUAAUCCCGGCCAUAUCAAUGAGGAUUCUGACAGAACCCAUCCAUCCCGCGGUGGCCUCGAGCCUGGAGUGACUCUGCCUUUCAUCACUCCUUAUGGAGAGCAGACUCGCUACUUUGAGGUCUUCCAUCGCGGUACACAGGAGUUUUCCUGGGAGGCUCGGCCACAGUAUAAGUGGAUCAAGCUUUCUCAGUAUCAAGGCCAUCUGAACCCCCGAGAUGACGAUAUCAGGGUUAUCAUCACCAUUGACUGGGCGGAGGUACCCACUGAUUUUGACGCCAAAGUCAUGAUCGAAAUCAUUGGUACUCGUGAUGGAUACGAGCAAGUCCACAUGACUGUGCGUAACAGCCGAGUCCCUGCAGACUUUGAAGGGUUUGUCGAAGAGAGUGGGCACUUGGCCAUCGAUGCCGGCAAUUGGGUUACGGCACCAUAUAUUCAGCUUCCUGCUCUCGGGCGGCCUAUUGCCGGAGCUGUCACUCUUCCACUUGAUACCGACUUUAGCAAGCCAGAUGAUAUCCCGUUCCUUAAAUAUCCGAUUUAUGUCUUCUCACAACAUGACAACACCAAUCUCGAGCUUCAGUUCAACAUCACUCUUGAGACUGAAAAGGCGAGCAGAAUGCAGUACGACGUGCGCUUCGAUGGAGGGGCCAUCAAAACAUUCCGUCUGACUGAAGAUGAAUCGAAUGCUGAUAACCUUCCCAAGAAUUGGGCCACGGCUGUCAUGGACUGUGUCUGGAAGAAGGGUCAUAACUUGGGCACAGUGAAGAAAGGUAGUCACACGAUUGAGGUGCGAUUCCGGAGCCAGAAUAUCUGUUUAGAGAAGCUGCUUAUUGAUCUUGGGGAUUUGCGGUACACGUACCUGGGGCCGCCGCAGAGUGCCUUUGUCAAGAAGGGGGAGAGCCAGGCUGUGAAUGUUAUAGGGCAAUUGGAUAGCCUGAAGAUUGAUUUGGGAUUUUAA